AUGGCGCCAGAACUUGAGUGCCUGAUUGGCUAUCAAUUUAAAGAUCGAAGUUUGAUGGAGGAGGCUCUAGAAGAAGCCGGACCAGAAGCCGCAGGAAACGAGAGAUUGGCCUUGUUAGGUGACACGAUCUUGUCACUUAUGCUACUUCGCCGAUGGUACGGCGAAGGCAACACCACUGAGCAAGGAACGAAUCUACUUCAGGUUUAUGCCUGCAAUAGGAACUUAACCUCUAGGGCUAGAUCUUUGGAUUUACAGAAGUUCAUCCAUCAAAGACUAGAUCAAGAGAGAAGUGUGCCAGAUGAGGCACUUGCUACCACAGUGGAGGCAAUCCUUGGUGCAGUCUGGCUUGAUUCUGAGGAAAGCCCUCAGAAGGUGAAUAAUGUCAUGAAGAAAAUCAGCUUGUAUCCAGCAAAACUUUGCGAUUUUGCCCGAUAA